AGGUUUUUGUGCAACAAAAAUAUUGGGAGAGUGCUUUGUUCUUGUCCUUGGAGUUAGGGUUUACAGAAUGCUAAUUAGAGACAAGUGGUAGAGUAGUUGAAACCAACUCGGAGCCUUGACAUGCAUUGGAACAAGACCAUCACAAGCUUUGCAAAAUAGUCUAAUAAUUCCAUCUUGUUGAACUGAAGACCAUGACGGCCAUGUUUAUCCGAGUGAAGCGAAAGAGGACAACAUAUUUUUUGCAUUGCGAUCCCUCUGAGUGUGUGCUCGAGACCAAAGCAAAGCUUCAACUCCUGAGCGAUGUCCCCGUGCACAACCAGCGCCUUGUCUUGGUCGUCCCCCAACCCAUCGUCUUGGAUGAAUGCAAAACCCUUGCCACACAAAAGGUUGUGAAUGAUGCUGUUGUGGCUCUAACACUUAAAGUCAAAGGAAUAAAUGAAGCAACUGGUGAAGAAACUGAAGCUUGGGAGGAGGUCAAUAUUCACCAACCAGUAGAACCAGAGAUACCAAGUGGCAGUGUAAUGAAUGCCCUGCUGGCAUGACACGUCACCCAUCCACCCAUCCAAAUAAAUAAAUAAAACAAUCUAAAGUUUAUCUAUGAUGCAAACGAAAAUUUGCAUCAUAUACUUUUGAAAAAAAUUAUAUUUUUCUGAAACAAUUAUUGCUUUAUCUUUUAAAUCAUACAAAAAUGUAAACUUUAAUCCAAACUAUCUGUGGUGAGGUGUUUUUCAACGCUAACUUACACCAAACAAAUUAAUAAAUAAAUCAAUAACUUAAGCUUUAA